AAUUAUAAUUACAAGUAAGUAUCGCCAUUACAUAAAAAAUUAAUUUUGUAUAAUGCGCUUUUUGUCUAACUACGUUUAUCUACUGUUGCCAAGCGAACACAAAAUUAAUUACCAAAUAAUGAACAUUAUUAUGGAAAUAUGUACCGUAAUGACUGUAUAAUACGUAGUCAUUGCAAAACCGAUACGGCGCAAUCAUAAUUACAUAUGUCCGUUGGUGGCGGGAACUUACGUCCAAAUUAAAGACACAAAAUUUUAUUGCAAAAAGAACAAAACCUCAACAAUGGCCAGAAAAAUGACAUGGUCGCCAUGUCAAAAUUAAAAGUCACCCUCUUCUACAUUCUGCGAGUAUGCUUCAUCGUGGAAGCGUUCCCCAAGGUCAAGUACUUGUGCUUUUUGGCCUUCUUUGGUAACCUCAAGCACCUGAACCCGUUCCUCGAGAAGCCGCAAGAACAGCCCUAUUUGCGCUAUUGGCUUUUCAACAACCAAAAAGAUGUUAUAUCGUUGGCAGAUAAACUGUUCGAGGAGGGCAAAUACGUGGAGGUGUACGAGUUGCUCAACCGGCUCAAGUAUCAAAACAAUGUCGAGGUGAAAUGGCGCGUUGCCAGGAGCAUAUUCUUCUUACUCGAGCAGGAGAACUUCAGCGACAGCGUCCGUAGGAACAUGAUUCUCGAAGCUAGAGACGUCCUGGAGAGCAGCAUAACCACAGGUGAAGACAACGCCAGCGUUCACAAAUGGAUGGCGAUCAUCAUGAACGAGGCGAAAGGCUUGGAAGGCCUCGAAUACAGAAUCAAAUCAUAUCCGAUCAUAAAGAAGCAUCUGCUCAAGAGCGCACAACUGAACCCCAAUGAUUUCUGCGUGUACUACAUGCUGGGGAAGAUGACCUACGAACUGUGCAAUAUGUCCCGCUUCCAACGGUUCAUCGCCAGACAUCUGUACGCCGAACCGUCGCAGGCCAGCUUCCGCGAAGCCUACGAAUAUCUGCAGAGGGCCGAAGAGCUGCAACCUCGCUGCUUCGUGCCAAAUCUUUUUUAUUUAGGCAGCGUGUGCAUCAAGAUGAAGAUGUACUAUAGGGCUCAAUAUUAUCUGACGAUGGCGAUGAAUCUGGGCACCAACGGCAAGACGGAGAAGCGGUACGCGUACAAGGCCAGACAGAUCAUCGACCGGAUGGAGAAGUACGACUUAGGCAAGGACGUUUUGUACACCAGCCAUUUGCACGGUUACGGUUUUACUGAUUGACAUGUUCUUUUCUGUGUCUUAUUAAAGUAUAUUCAACCAA